AUUAUUGUGUAAAAUUGACGUAAACUCUGAGAACUUCUCCGCUUAACGUCAAAUAUCUAAUUUUAAAAAUGACUAAUUACUCGGAAUUUUUAAAGAAAGUUUUUAGCGAUAUUGGCCAGCGUUCAGCGUACUCGCAAAUGCUAAUUGGAGUCACUUCAGGAUGGGCUACAGGAUUUACAACCAUGAAGAUAGGCAAAUUUGCUGCUUUUGCUGUUGGCGGCAGCAUUAUCUUGCUGGAAAUUGCACACCAAGAAGGUCUUAUAAAAAUAAACUGGACCAAAUUGGAUAAGAGCGUUGAUAAGCUGGCCGACAAAGUGGAAGCUUCGUUAGGUCGUGAGAAAAAUUGGAAAGAUAAGACCGAAAGAUAUGUCGACAAUCAGCUGGAUAGAGCGGAAAGCCUUUUGACCAGAAACGGCAAGAAAGUGGCCAAGUGGUAUACCAAACUGAUUGGCGAUGAGGAGGGCCCGAAAGUAAACGAUCUGCACAUAUUCCUGGCCUCGUUCUUCGGUGGCGUUGCCCUAGGAAUUGCAACUGGAUAAUUUAUAUAAUAAACGGCACAAAAAAACAUUAAAAUACCAUAUGGCUAUUAUGAACAAAUCUCACUAAAUAAAGUUACACGAAAAAAAAUAAUAUAAACGGAAA